AUGGCAAAUACUGUGUUAUUAAUAUUAACAAAUUCAUCAAAAGUAGGUAAAUUAUUACCAGUAAUUCAAAGACAUGUGUCUAAAACACUUUAUAUACAAUAUUUUCCCGACAAACAUUUACCAUCUGGUAGUUAUUCAUCAUUACUCCAAUGGAAAUUGUUACCCAAUCAUUACCAGAAGAUUGCUAAUAUUUACGCAUUAGCAACAACAUUCUUGUCGAAAAUAGACGUCAGAGUAUUAAUUUCAAGUACUAAAAAAAGUUCAUUAAUCUCCACAGUGCGUCCUAUUGAGUUAGUUAUUUUCGACAGGAAUUACAGUAAAGAGGAUGCUAAAAUGUUUAUUAAAAAUUGUAUAAAAAAUUCAGCAGAGCCGUGUAAUUUUAUAGCCAUCAAUGAUCCUCAAGAUGCAGAUGAAUGUUCAGCUGAAAUUCUUGAUGAUGAUGUUAGCAACAACGAAAACAAAAUAUAUAAUAAUACAGUUCUUGGUGGAACAUUUGACAGACUUCAUAAUGGCCAUAAAAUUUUAUUAAGCAAAGCAAUACUUAAAUGUUCCAAUAAAUUGACAGUAGGAGUUACGGAUAGCAGUAUGAUAUCUAGAAAAAUAUUAUGGGAGCUGAUAGAACCUUGUGAAAAAAGAAUGAACGCACUGAGAGAAUUUCUCAAUGAUGUAAAUCCAAAUUUAAUUUAUGAUAUUGUACCGAUAAAUGACAUCUAUGGACCUACCAAGGAUGAUCCUUCAUUUGAAAUGAUUGUAGUUAGUGAGGAAACCCAAAGAGGUGCAGCUAAAAUAAAUGAGCUACGUCUCCAAAAAGGAUUGAAUCAAUUAGAUGUUGAAGUUGUCAAAUUAGUUGAAGAUUCUCAUCAUAGUAAUAAUAAUGAAGAAAUAGCUGAAAAACUAAACUCUCUUGGUGCUGAAAUAGUUCACUGUGAUAAAUUAGCCCAUGAUCUAUACAACCCCGGCCAGCAGUGUUUUAAUCAAGUUGUAGAAAAUUUUGGACAACAAAUAUUGACUUCAAGCGGUCAAAUUGAUCGCAAAGCUUUGGCAAAUAUUGUCUUUAGUAAUAAGGAAGAGCUUGAUAAAUUAAAUAGAAUUAUGUGGCCAGCAAUUCUUGAUGUUGCAAUGAGUAAAAUCAAAGAAUUACAAGCUCAAGGAGCAAAAAUAAUAGUAAUGGAAGCAGCUGUUCUUAUCCAAGCAAAAUGGCAAUAUGUUUGCCAUGAAAUAUGGACUUGCAUUAUUCCCCAUGAAGAGGCAGUGAAACGAGUAAUGGAACGAAAUAAUUUAAGUAAAGAAGAAGCUGAAAUGAGGAUAAAAGUUCAACCAAGUAAUGUCGAGCAGGUUAACGAAGCAACUGUUGUCCUAUCAACUUUAUGGAGUCAUGAUGUAACUCUUAGCCAAGUCCAAAAAGCAUGGGAAUUACUAAAUCAAUUUUUAUCUAAGCAAUAA